GCUGUGGUGUCCUCAGUCUCGGUUGACUGUUCGUUCGGUGUGGUUUGGGCUAGCGGAAAAUUCAGACGCCCGUUUGACUGCGGUUUCCGGCGGUACGACGACAAAAAGAGGUGGUGAUGGUGAAUGAGGUGGAGGUGUGACUCAAACUGUUUGCUUGCUUUGCUGCGGAUGAUGCCGACGACGAUGAUUAUGGUGAUAAAUGAGCGAGUAAUUUAUGCUGCCCGUUAAUACUAUUAGCCGCUAAAGGAUUAUCUGCGACAUCAUUGGGUGCUUUGGUCACCUCAGUGAGAUGUGCUUUGAGAUUAUACAUCGCUUGUCUGGAUAGUAAGUGAGCUUUUCGGUAAUCAAAUCAUAAUCCACUCAAGUGAGUUCCAACGCGAAAAGAUAACAGCGUCAGUCGUUUUUGUAACAACCAGAAAAUAAGGAAGGGAUGCCACACGCCAUGAAACGCAUUGAAAAAUAGAAGUGAAGACAGUGGCAGACAAAACAAAUGCUAGGAAAGUUACCCAUAGUGAAAAAUAAUAAGUGUCCGAGUAGAGUGAGUUCACCUGUUCCGUAGCUCUAAGCCAAUUAUCCGCGUGUUCUUGUGCCCGUAAAGGAUUAAAAAUGGCCAGCCUGAGGAUUACCAUGACUCGGAUGCAUUUUGGAUUAAAUUUUAUCAUUCUCAUCAUCGUGUCCUCCAUCUACGGUAACCACACGUUAGACAGCGAGAAGGGAAGUGGCGGUCGCAGUUCUGCCGCAAGCACAUCCGAGAACCAGCCGAACGCAGAUCCCACCGCGGCUACUUUGGCCCUCAUUCCGGACGAAGAGAUAGCCCACUUUGUGAACCAAUCCCGAAUGGUGAGCUGUCGCUUCUCCGACCCGGAUGUGAAGUUGAAAUGGCGCAACCCAAAGAACGGUGUCGUUACCGAAACUAAGGGUCGCGUCCACAUCGAGGAACUGGGCGGCUCGCUCACCCUCAUCUUCGAGUCCAUCGUCCGGGCGGAUCAGGGCAACUGGACGUGCGAGGCGGACGACAGGGGGACCAUCCGAAAAAAGUCAUUCAAAAUGAUAGUUAAUGAACCAAUUUCUUUCCGCGACACGCGGACAAUGCAAACGGCGAUGGAGGAUAAGGAUGCCACCAUUCGGUGCGAGGUGAGAGGACAUCCGGAACCAACAGUGUCGUGGUACUUCAACGGACAGCCUCUGUCACCCCCAACUUCAAAAUAUACAAUGCUGGCGGACGGUUUGCUUAUCAAAAAGGUUUUGAAAAAGGACGGCGGCGAGUACACGUGCAAAGCGUUUCAGGUUUCCACGGCCGGAUCCAGCUUCGAGGAGAAAACGAUACGGCUCAACAUUAGACACAAGCCCUACAUUCCGGACUACAGCAGAGGAAACGUGACGUACGGUUAUGUGGGCGGUGCGGUUAAUUUGAGCUGCGAUGCCGUUGCCGAGCCGCCGGCCAACUUCACGUGGUCUUCCAACAAUAAAAAGUUUUCCCAUAAAAACCACCUCAUCUACGGAGGCCAGCAUGUUUCGAUGCUGCAGAUAACAAUUAAAAACAGCACCGCGUUCGGGAAGUACAAGUGCGAGGCGAAGAAUGAACUCGGGACGAUUUCACGAGAAAUUCAACUCAAGGAAGGUACCAAACCGGAUCCACCUAGCAGGUUUCAACUGCGCGGCGUCAACUCGGACACGCUGGACAUCGACGUGGGUGCCACGAAAUCGCAUGAUGUCGCCCCGGAUCCCACCACCGUAAUAGGCUACCGCUUCGAGCUUAUUCCGACCGCGGAAUUCGCGAAACAUCGCAACUGGGAUCGCGCCAACCGGCGUGACUUCGACGUUGCCGAUGGCGUCACGUAUUUGCUGGUGCAUCUGAUACCGGACACGAAAUACCUCAUCCGGGUGGCAUCGAGGAACGCCGCCGGGCUGAGUGACUGGACCGAGGUGAAAGAAUUCUCCACCCACGCGCUGCAACCGCAUGGGUUCAACUCGGGUGCCAACUCGGGACACGGCGAUAGCUUUCGAUCCCCCGCCGCAACGAUGAUGGCGUUGAUGCUAAUGGUGCUGGUGCUCUCGACGGUGGGGGUGAAAUUAAAAUUUUAAUCAUCAUAAGUAGAAGCGCGGCUUUCGGAUGUCAGGUGAGGUGGAGGUAAAAUGGAGUCAAUCAAAAAACCACUGAAGGUGGCACAUUUUAGGCUCUGGGAGGGGAUGGUCACGUACACACGAACAUCAUUACGUAAGAGAGGGGGAUGGGCAAACCAGUGUCGACCACAGUUUUCGCUUUUGUCCUCAGGUGGAGAGCUCACAGUUUUGAUAGUUGUCAUCAGCAAGGUUGGGCUAGUCGAACGUAAUAUGAUGCUAACAGGAAAUGAUGUUUAUUUUGUGCUUGAAAAUUAACAUUGAACGAAAAAAGGAUAGGUGGGGAAUUGCGAAACGAAUAUUCGAUAAAUAGUGGCGUCUUUAUGUAUUUCAAGAAAUCGACUUUUAUUAUCUUCGAUGUGAUACCAACUGAUGUUCAAAUUUGAAGAAGGUAUGAGGUUACGAAGUAUGUCUCUCGGGCCUUGACGGUAAGACAUUUUUAUGUCAAAAUUCCCCUUUCAGUUCUAUACAAUUCUUCCAAAGUUUUUCUUUUUUCAAAAUUGCUCUAGAAAAACGAUUGUUCUAAUACGAAAUAGACGUUCGUGUCGUACUUUAUCUCAUGGGCUUUGGAAUGGUACAGACACAAGUUUAUUUUUGAUAUAAAUAUGAUUUUAUUUCUAGACAAUUUCCGGUUGAUACGAUCAUAGCGCUUAUCAAAAUAAUCGACGUGCGUUAACUAUGACUUGGCUUGAUCAGCUUAGUGUUAUUCGACAAAGUCUCUUACGCUCUACUCUUUAGAAUGUUGUGUAGUAUCUUGUGUACCGUUAAUCCAGGUUCAUGAACAGUUAUGUCAAAGUCCUUUCAGAUAAAGCUAGGAGAUGUCCAUAUUCUUAACAAAUUCACGAUUCUACGAUUGUUAAACAUUAUGCCGAGGUUUUUUUGACGUAGGACUACGUCUUCCAUUUCUAUACUGGGGUGUAAGUUCAAAGUUUCGAAAACGAAAACGUUACGCCGGAGAACGAGAUUUUGAGCGUUAAUAGCUCCUAAACGAUUGAACGAAAUAGUUUGAUAAACACUUCAUUCGAAUGAUAAAAUUUCUACGCGUUAUAUGCUUGUUACCUUUUGGACCGAAUAGCCUAAAAUUGCUUUCAAAACAGGCAAUGGAAAUCACACCAAUCGGUAUAUAAGCGAGUCCCGCUCGGAAAUGCACUCAGUUAUGAUUGUGCAGCGAUUGAAGUACGAUCGCUAGAAUGGAUGGAUGUUUCCCUAACACAGACUUGAAAAUCAUGAAGCCUGGAGAAAUUGGCAUUGCAAAAUAGAUGCGAGCUGCGGGUACUUUUGUACUCGUUUGCGUUUCUGGAAGUCGGAAUGAUUCCCUAACACAGACUUCAAAACCAUGAAGCCAGGGGAAAUUGGCAUAGCAAAUUAGAUGCAAGCAGCGGGUACUUUUGUACUCGCUUGCGUUUGUGCAAAUCGGAAUGUUUCCACAGAUUUCAAAACCAUAGAGCCUGAGGAAAUCGGCAUUACUUUUGUACUCGCUUAAGAUUCUGCAAAUCGGAAUGUGUUUCCCAAUACAGAUUCCGGAAAAU